AUGUCGGACCAGUGGAAUGGAGCUGAAGACUCCUCCGUUGCGGACUCGGUACUCAUCCUCGAGUCAGAAUCGAAUUACGCCCCUUGGAUUCAUUUUCUCCUUCGCUACCUGGGUCCGGAAUACUGGAAAGUCCUCCUAAAAGAUGAGUGCACUUUGAUGCCGCCUACCACAGUCGUGAGAUCAAUUCAGACAGGAUCAAGCGGCAGUCACACUCCAUCUACCCCCGCACACGAUCUGGACGCUUCCCAAUCCCCCAAUACUUCUCCCGAUCAGUGUGACAAUGGAAAAGAGGAUAAGUCGUCCGAGGCGCUUUUCUAUCUCCGCUCUACACUCAACGACGAGGCCAAAUACCUGAUUCGAAACAUCGACAGCCCCUCGGAAGCAUUCAGAAAGAUCAAACUGUUCUACGGCAAGCCCAGACACCAGACUAUGGCCCUGCGGUGGUCAAAAUGGGUGAGACUUCGCUAUUUUCGAGGCCAUGGAGCACAGGAAUUUGUCCGCCAAUUUGGAGAAAGACUCCAGGAAGUUGAAGAAAUCAGUGACAUCGUCGAUCACAGAGUUGUCUUUGCCCAAUUUGUCCAUGCUAUCUCCGGCCCCGGGAACUAUCCUGCUUUCCUCUUGAACCUCUCCCUGGACUUUGACGACCCGAACUUGAUGGAAUGCGUUUGCGCCGAGUUUCUACGCCACGAAAGCCCGUCCUUCAAUCGUUCCCACUCAUCCGUCGGCUUUACCGUUGCCCCUCCACCAAAUAAUACCACGCCAUCGGACUUUUGGAACCAGCAGUAUUGCCCUUAUCAUAGGCGUCUCGGGUAUCACUCUCAUUAUCGAUGCCGCCUGGGCCAGAGUUUGGGACCUGACAUGAGAAAGGAGAUCUUGCAGCAGUUUGAACGUGAAAAACAGCUCUAUAGAAACAAGAAACGUCGCCUGGACGCCUGUGAGGAUUCUAAGUUGGCGAGUCCCACUGGUUGA